AUGGCCCUAGGUCUCCUGUGGCUGGGCCUUGUCCUGCUGGGGGCCCUGCAGACCCAGGCCCAGGAUUCCACCCCAAACCUGAUCCCAGCCCCACCUCUGCACAGGAUCCCUCUGCAGCCUGACUUCCAGCAUGAGAAGUUCCAGGGAAAAUGGUACAUCAUAGGAUUGGCAGGGAAUGAAAUUAAUAAAGAAAAACACAGCCAGUUUAAGAUGUACACCACCACCUACGAGCUGAAAGAAGACAACAGCUACAAUGUCACCUCUACCGUGGUCUGGAAAAAGGCCUGUGACUACUGGAUCAGAACUUUUGUCCCAUGUUCUCGUCCAGGCCAAUUCACCCUGGGAAACAUCGAGCGUUACAUUGGAACCAAGAACUACACUGUCCGAGUGGUGGCCACAGACUACAACCAGUUUGCCAUGGUGUUCUUUGAGAAAGUUUACAAAAACCAGGAGUUCUUCAAGAUCACCCUCUAUGGGAGGACCAAGGAGCUGCGUCCUGUGCUGAAGGAAAUCUUCAUCAACUUUGUCAAAACCCUAGGCCUCACUGAUGAGCACAUCAUCUUCCCUAUCCCCAACGAUCAGUGCAUGGAUAAGUGA